AUGAUUGAUGAUAAUGAUCUGGGUUUCUUUGCCAAUUUUCUUGGUGUUUUCAUCUUUGUGCUGGUGAUAGCAUACCACUAUGUCGUGGCUGACCCAAAGUAUGAAGGAAACUAG